AUGAAGUUGCCCACGUCAAUUGUUGGACAACUGCGCCCAUUCAGCCAAGGGGAAAAGGUCCGGGCAAAGGUACUUCAGGUUCCGAUUCUCGGUGGGCACAAGACCCCUCUACCACCUCAUCCACCUGCGCAACAGACCAAGAUGUCGUCCUUGAAUGUCUUCAGACAACCCCUCGCCUUCUUCUCAAAUCAGCCGAUGACGGGGUUCUAUCGUGAUGGAUACUGCAGAACUGGUGCAGCGGAUUUUGGGAAUCAUGCAGUGGCAGGCGUUGUCACAGAAGAGUUCCUGGACUACUCAGCAUCGCAAGGAAAUGACCUCCGCAUGGCGGGACUAAGAGAAGGUUGCAAGUGGUGCUUGUGCACAUCUCGGUGGUUGGAAGCACUCGGCGCCUUCAGGGAUGGAAGAAUAAGCAGGAACGGGGUGCCAAAGGUCCACUUGGAGGCGACAGAAGAUAGUGCAUUGCGGCAGGUCGAUCUAGAAACAUUCAGAGAAUUUGCAGCCAGGGCAGAGACCAAUGGGGUGAAUGGCGUCAACGGCGUCAACGGUAUCAACGGCCAUUGA